AUGAAAUAUGCUUUAACAAAUUUGACUAAAGAAAAAAAUUAUCCAAAUGACAAUUAUAAUAAUGUGUGUAAGUCACAGGAUAACUCCUUUAGUUUAAGAAAGCAAAAGAAAAAUUGUAAACUUAUAUCUUAUUUAAAAAAUGAGUCUAAAAUUCAUCAUCUCUUUUCAAAUAAGGAAAAUAUAAAAUCACCUCACGCUUUAAAUAAAAAUGAAAAUAUGAAAAGAACUCAAGUGAAUGAAAAGAAAACAAAAGAAAACAUUCCUAGUAAUAUGUCUAAUUCGGGAUGCUUAUUAAAACAUGAUAAUAUAAAAUUUAGUGUCACAUUAAAAAAUAUAAAAGACAUUACUCAUAUCAAUAAUUCUUUUCUUAUAAACCCUCCUGGAAAAAAAAAAAAGAAAAAAGAAAAAUGUACUCUUCUUAAUAAAAUUAUUAACAAAGAUAAAAAUAAUAUUAAUGUGACAAAUAAAAAUAUUUUACUCUCUUCAUCAAUUAAUAAUAAUAGUAAUAAUGAUAGUUUGUCUACCCAUGACAAAAAGGACCAAAUAAAAGAAAUAAAGGAAAACAUAAUUGUAUACCCACAUGUAAAAAAUGAUAACAAUAAAAAUAAUAAUAAUAAAAAUAAUAAUGAUGAUGAUGAAAAUUAUUAUAACAAGUAUUAUAAUAUACUUAACCAUAUAUGUAAUAAUAAUACUUACUAUGAUGACAAUUUUAAGGAUAAACCUACUAAUGAACAGGAAACCUCCCAGGAAUCAAAUAUUUUAAAAAACAAAAAACUAAAUGAUAUAUUAACCAAUUACAAUUCCAUAAAAAAAAAUGUUGAUAAAAAAGAUAAAAGUAAAAAGGAUAUUAAACAAAAUUAUUGGUAUUAUGAUAAUUUAUUACAAAUAUAUGAACACAAGUAUCUUAAAAAUAUUUCCAAGGUUAAUUAUUUCGAUAAGGAUGAACAUUCAUCAAAAAAUUGUCAUUAUGAUGAAAAUGAAUCAAAUAAAGAAUCAAAAAGUUUAUUAUUAAAUAAUAAUAUUAUAAUAAAUAAUAUUAAAAGCCAACAAAGCAAUGAAAAAGAUCAUAAAACAUGGAAUAAUGUUCAACAUAUAUUACUACAAAGGAGUAAUAAAGAAAAUGAGAAGGAAAUAUAUUCUGAUGGUAAAGAUCAAAUAUUUUUAUCAAAUAAUACAUUUGAAAGUAUUAUCAAUCCGACAAAUGAUGAUGAUAAUAAGGAUACUAUUAAUUAUGAAAAUUAUAUUAAUGAACUCUAUAAUAUAUUAUAUAAUAAUAUAAAUGAACAUAAUAAUAUCACACCAAAUAUUCAUAUAGAGAAUAAUACAUUUAUCGAAAAAAAUGAAAACAACAAUAAUAUUUCAUCAUUUGAAAAUGAAAAGAAUAUAUCUAAAUCUUGUCACAGUCAUACAGAUAAAAACAAAAAUAUUAUUCAGAAUGAUAAUAUUGAAAAAGAUUGUAACUCAACAUUGUUAGAAGAGGAGUCCUUGAAUAAGUUAUCAUUCAAUGAAUCUAACAUUAUAGAUGAGGAAACAAAUUUUAUGGAUGAAAUAAAACAUAAUGUUAAAGAAAAAAAGGAUGUAUUUUGUCAAAAACUUUAUAACGAUGUAUACAACAGUGAUAAUUAUAUAAAUGAACAAAUGAGAUAUCUACAUGAUACUAAUUCAUCAACAAUUCACACAGAAAAAGAAACAGAUAAAUGGAAAUAUAAAAACGUAUUUGAAAAAAAAUGUGAAAAUAAACUUCUCAAAAUAAAGGAGACUCCUAUGAACCCUUUAAAUAAAGUGACAAAGAAAGAUAUGAAUAAUUUUGGUAUAUCAAAAAUUAUAUGUAGUAAAAAAGAAAUAUGUGAUGAAUUAUCCUCUUCAAAUGAUAACGAUAAAAUUACGGCAAAUAUAAACAUAGAAAAAAUAGAAAAAAAAAAAUCGUCAACUCAUAUGAAAAAAAAUGAAAUACUUGUAAAACGAAAUAUGUUGUCUACAUUAAGAGAAAUAAAAAAAGCACGAAAUGUUUUAGCAGAAAAGAAUAAUAUAAAGUUUAAAAAAAAUGAACAUAAUGAAGGAGUUAAAAAUAUAAAUAUAUGUAAAGAAGAUUUAUACGAAGAAAGAAAAAAUGACAAGCAAAUUAUAUAUAUAAAAAAUUAUCAACACCAUCAGAAUAUAUUCAAAAAUAUUAAUAAUAAAUAUAAUGAUAUACAAAUAAAAAAUAAUAAUUAUGAGAACACAAAAUUAUAUGUGUUCACAAAUAAAUCAUUUAGUUUCAAUAAAAAUAUAGAAAAAAACAUACAACACAAAGUUAAAACAUAUAAUACCAAUGAAUAUAAAAUAUUAAAAAAUAAAAAACAAAAUGAGAACAAUAUAAUAAAAAGGUCUACUUCAAAUGAAAAACAAAAAAAACAAUUUUUAAAAAAAAACGAAAAAGUCAUAAAAAAUAUUAAAUAUAAAAAAAAGAAUGAUAUGUCUAAAAUAAUAAUAAAAAAAAAGAAUUCCCUUAAAAAUAAUCACAAAUAUAAUAUUAAUGAUAAUAUAAUAUUAUUAAAACAUAAAGAUUACUUCUUCAAAUUUCCUACAUUCAUUAAUUAUAAAAAUGAAAUACGCAUAACAGAAAAGGUUAAUACAUAUAUAUAUUUAUGUCAUAGAAUUAAUAGUUCUAUAUCAAAUAUGAUGGAUUUUCAAUACAAGUAUUUAUUUAUUCAUAUAUUUGUUUACACAUUGAACCUUAUAAUAUUUUUAAAAUUUUUAAAAACUAAUAUUUUCAAUUCACAAAAUAAUCCAUUAUUAGAAAUCAAAGGAAUACUUUGUAUUCUAUAUAUUUUAAUAGUUCAAAUAUAUAUAUUCUUUGUCAAUAAUUAUUUUUAUUUUAUUCUCAAAAAAAAUAUAAAAAAUAAUAUUUCUGAUAUGGAUAAAAUUAAUUUAAUACAUAUUAUUAGUCAGUUAUUUCCUCAAUAUGAUCAUAAUUUCUUUCAAAAUAAUUUUGACAACCAAUUUAAAAUCAAUCAACAAAAUGUUAAAGAACAAAUAAAUAAUUUAAAAAUGUUAUCACAUAAUAAUGAUCACAUUAUAUAUCACCCUUCAAAUAAAAUAGAAAAAAAGGACGAUAUAAUAAAAAAUACAUUUCAUUAUAAUUAUGAUGCAAUUUUAAAAAAUAGUAAUUUAAUAAAUAAGUAUGAAGAAUAUAACAUGAUACAUUUUGAUACCUAUAAUAAAUCUAAGAACAAUUUAAAUAGUACGUUCAAUCAAAAAAAAUGUAACCUACAUUUUCAUGACACUAUAAAACAGGAUAUUUUAAAUCACCUGUCUUUAGAUAUAGAGAAUGAAAAAGCAAAUAAUAAAAUAAUAAAUACAACACAUCAUAAAAUAAAUGAUAAAACGAAUAAUUUAAAUAAUAUAAUAAAUAACAAUAUAAUUGAAAAAAAUAAAAUAUAUAUAUUAGAUAAUAAACAACAAAAUAAUAUUAUUGAUCAAAAAGUUAUAGAUAUAACAUUCUUUAUAUUAAAUAAUCAGAGUAAAUUAAAUUUACAGGAUUUUUUCUUUUUAAAAUUCAGGAGAUACAAUAAUUGUUUUAUUUUAUUUUUUACAAUACUCCUUAUGUAUAUCACAAAAGUAUUUGAAAUAAAAGAUCCCUUUUAUUUUCAUGAUAACAAAAAUUAUAUUUUCUUCAUUCUAGUUAAUUUAAUUAUACUUCUUCAAAUAAUUUUUUGUAUAAUUAUGGAAAUUAAGGGACUUUUUGUAAGGAAGAUAAAAAAUUUCCUUAACAAAAGAAUAGCAUACCUUUCAUAUGAACUUAACAUAUAUUUAAACCACUAA